AUGAAUAAUCACCAUAAGGGGCUUUAUCAACAUUGGAUCAUCCAGCUGAUUAUCAAUAGAAUGUGGUUCAAUGACAAGCGAGAUGAUGGUGUUGUUCUGGACAAAGUAUAUUGUCCAUUCCCUUUUAGGGCAUUCACCAUUGUUCUGACAGCUAUUGAGUGCACCAUCGAUGAAUGGGUUAGCGGCACACAAGAAUAUGUAAUGUUCACCAUCGAAGCCUAUAAGCAUCAUUUUAAGCACCACCUGAGUGCAACCGAGGACUACAAUACUACAUCCGGUGAUCUCGAAAUUAUAAAGAAGAUAUGUCAACAUGUGUCGGAUGAUGGAUGCAUCAAUGCAAAAGCCAUUUCCAUUGAAUUGGAAGCAACAUGUAUCCUUGCUGUGAAUGAUAUCAAGAAUGUGAUUGAGGAGUUUAGAUGGAAGGAUGAAAGCCUUAUUAACUUGAAUGACUCUGACAAUGAGAGUGAAAAUGGCAGUUCCAAUGGACAGCCAGAGGUUGAAGAUGGAUUGGACCACUAG